AUGUCGCAGUUUGGCGCAACCUUCGUCCCAGGGGGUUACGAUGACUAUUCUAUGCCAGAGGUCUUCGCCCCCGCCCCUCAGAGGGUAAUGCCCGAGGUGCCCCAGAACAUGCAGGAAGAUAUCCAGCGCAUGGAACUCGAAGCCCGCGAUACUGAACCGAACCGAGACGGCAAGCCGACCACCCAAACUGAGGAGGCCAAGUCCUUCAAACCCUUCCAGACCAGCGCCGCCGACUCCGCAGCCAUGGACGCCCCCUCGUUUUCCCCGUUCCCUAAGGUGAAGGGCGAAAACAUUCCUCCCAGCGACGAGGAGAAGGAACAGAUCCUGUGGCAGGCGCGCAACCUAGUGCUCCACUCCAACAAUGUUUCGAUGCAGGUGACCUGGGCGCGCGACACCCUCAUCUGGGUCGAGAUCUGCCAGGACGCGCUGGCCAGGGACUGGAAGCGGGACGGCAAGGGCAAGGAGCGACCGGCGACCCCUAAGGCCGAACACGAACUGCGCGUAGAUGCUGUGAACAUCCUCGACUACCUAUCCCAACAAGACCAUCCCGAGGCGACCUUUAUGAAAGGGAAAUGGCUCGAGUUUGGCAAGUUCGGGUUCCGCGAGAACAAGCGGGAGGCAUACGCCUUCUACAAGAAGGCCGCCGAGAUGGGAUACGGGCGGGCCGAAUACCGGAUGGGCAUGCUGUACGAGAACUCCAACGACAUCCCGAACGCCCUCAAGCACUACUCGCUCGGCGUCCAGCUGGGCGAUUCCGCGUCCAACUACCGCCUCGGCAUGAUGCAUCUCAUGGGGCAGCACGGGUACCAGAAAGACUUCCUUCAGGGGCUCGAAAUGAUUCAACACGCCGCCGACACAGCUGAUGAGGAUGCGCCCCAAGGAGCCUACGUUUACGGCAUGCUCAUCGCCCGGGAGCUGCCCGACAUCACCAUGCCCGAGCACGUCCUCCCUUGUGAUUUUGCGGUGGCCCGGCAGUACAUCGAGAAAGCCGCCUAUCUCAGCUUCGCCAAGGCGCAACUGAAGAUGGGCCAGGCAUAUGAGUUGAGCCAGCUCGGCUGUGACUUCAACCCAGCAUACUCCCUCCACUACUACGGCCUCGCUGCCCGCCAAGGCCAGCCGGAGGCUUCGCUCGGUGUUAGCCGGUGGUUCCUGUUUGGCUACGAGGACCUGUUUCCCAAAAACGAGCAGCUGGCUUUCAAGUACGCCACGGAAGCGGCCCAGUCAGGGUUGGCAACCGGCGAGUUCGCGAUGGGGUACUACCACGAGAUCGGCAUCCACGUCCCUAAAGACGUACGAGAAGCGCGGAAAUGGUACGAGAUGGCAGCCGAUCACGGGAACAAAGACGCGAAAGACCGGUUGGAGUCCCUGAGUCAGUCCAGAACGCUGACGAAGGCGGACCACGAGACGACGACCCUCACGCGUAUCAAGUCGCAGCACGGUUCGCAACGCGGGAAGCGGCCCGACCGGUUUGCCAAGCAGAACAGCGUACUGCCAACACUGAGCGAAGGCGAUCAGAAUGCCGCCACCCGUAUGUCUCCCACCCACUCUGGCAGGGCAACAAUAACUAACGGAAUUGCAGCCGGGAUCCAGUUUCCUGACCCGUCACCGAGGCCGCCGGCUUUUACCGUGAACCUUGACAACAACAACAACAACAACAACCUCGCGAUGCGGCCCAAGUCGGCAGCUCCUUAUCCUCACGAAGACCAGCCGAUGUCACUCAACGGCAGGCCGAAAUCAAGCGCGCCGUACCCCGAAGGCGAUAUGCGGGGCCCACACCUCAACCCAGCGACUCGUCAGCCUGUCGGCGCCGGUCCGCAUGCCGACCGCCCGGGGAGCGCGUUUGGCAUUCGUCCGCUAUCCCCCGGUAGCGGGCUACCUCCCGGCCCUGGCCGGGGCCGUCCUGUGUCAAGUCAAUCUUCGAUGGGAAACUGGGACUCUCAGGCACCCGCUGGCUACAGGAAACCAAGCCCUGGCCCCGGAGGCCAAUGGCAGCAGCCGCCCCCGCCGCAACACGACCCGCGGUAUGGAGCCGGUGGGCCCGGAAUCGUUCCCGCCGGUAUGCCCGUCGGCGACCCCACCCGCACGCGACUCCAAAAGCCCAACCCCAACCUCCAACCAACAUCCCAAGCACCCCCCUCAGGCCAGCACCGGGUGGGCGGAGGUUAUCCCGGCGGUCCGGGUGGCCCCGGUGGUCAACCAGGACGAGACUACGGGCGACCUGGCGCCAGCAACCGCCCGGUCAGCGACAGCUACGGGCCAGCAGGCAGCGGCGGCAGCGCACACCCGCCGGCGGCAGCCGGCCGCGUGCCCGUCCCCGCAGGCAGCAACCCCAACCUUCGUCCUCAACACGGUAUGGCCGCGGGUUCGGGUGGUCGGCCGGUGUCGCACGUGGAUGCCGGCCUGGCCGGGCGUGCUAGCGCCCCGCAAACCGGACAGAACGUCAGACCGGGUCCGAGCCCGGCCGGUGCGACAUCAAGCCCCGGCCCGGCUGCGGCAGGGCAACGGCCCCCGCCUGUCGGCGGUGCUGGUGGAAAACCGGCCGCGGGGAAUAUGAGCCAUCCCGACGGGAAGACCAUGGGUCAGGGGCCUGCUACCUUUGAGGAAAUGGGUAUCCCGCAGGGAAAGACGGAGGGCGAUUGCAUGUCACAUUACCUGUAA